UUUCGAAUCAGGAAUUGGGUAAAUAAAGACAACGCAAGGUGUGCGUUUGCGAAUAAUGGCAGUAACGCUACACACAGACUAUGGUGAUAUAAAACUGGAAUUGUUUUGUGAACAAUGUCCCAAAAGUUGUGAAAACUUCCUGGCCCUUUGUGCAAGCGAUUACUACAAUGGAUGUGUGUUUCACAGAAAUAUAAAAGGUUUUAUGCUCCAAACAGGAGAUCCCACUGGAACUGGUAAAGGAGGAAACAGCAUCUGGGGAGAUAAGUUUGAAGAUGAACUCUCAGAUACCUUAAAACACAAUGUUAGGGGUGUGGUAUCUAUGGCCAACAAUGGCCCCGACUCCAAUGGUUCUCAGUUCUUUAUUACUUAUGCCAAGCAGCCACAUUUGGACUUGAAGUACACAAUAUUUGGUAAAGUAAUAGAUGGCUUUGAAACCCUUGAUGAGAUAGAGAAGCAGCCAGUGAACGAAAAGAACUACCGUCCUUUGAAUGACAUACACUUACUGAAUGUAACAAUACAUGCGAAUCCAUUGGCAGGAUGACAGAUUGCCUGUAAUACUGACUGGAUUUUGAUUCUGGGUCACCAUGAACUUUGAAUGUUCUCAUGCAGACCAGCUGGUGGAUAAUUUUUUGAAAAUAAAAGUAAUGACAGUAACAGAAAUACCAAAUGAGACCACAACUCUAACCAGACAGUGUUAUUUGAAUGGCUAUUCAUGGAAAUAAAUAUCAUUCAAGCUGCAUGUUAUAUGCAUGUGUACAUGUAUUAUAAAUGCCUAUUGGCAGAAAUUAUUUAAGUAAUACAGUAAUAGUACAUGUAUAUUAUACUUAUGUACACAUGAUUUGUGAUCUAUCAUUAAGUAUCAACUUUGAAUGUUUUAAAUGAAUGUAUAAAUUUAGCAAUACCGGUACAUUAAAAAUACAUCUAUGUAAACAA